AUGUUCAUUUCCAAAGACAAUAAUCUUAAAGAUCUCGGAGAAACAAUUAUUUCUGUAAAUGACAUCGUAAAAUACUCUCUAGAAAAUAAAUGCGAUGUUAAUACCAUUUUCAUUAAUCCAAAAAUUAAAUAUAUACCAACUCUCUCUGUUCAAGAGCUUGUAGAAACUUCGGUUGAAAAUAAUCGUAGAAAAAAUGCAAAUAAAACAUGUAAUGCUUUCUUUAUUUUUAGAACAGAGUUUUCAAAUGAAGCCAAAAAACUCGGAUUUAAUUCUGGUCAAAUUUCUGUUCAUGCAAGUAUUUGUUGGAAAAGGUUUCCUGAUCAUAUUAAAGAUAUUUAUAGAAAUUUGUCAAAAGAAGUUAAUGUAGCAUUUAAACAACGAGUUCCUGUCGGAUUUAUUGACGUUCAAAAAACAAAAAAAAGACGACGAAAUAGGGAUAUAGUAUCACGCGAAUUGACUUCAUCUCAUAAUUUGAUAGAUGGAAAUAAUCAACAAGAACAUUCCAUGAAUUUAAUAGAUUCAAUGGAUUCCAUGGAUUCCGUGGAUUCCACGAAUUCUAAGCUUACAAAUUUACACCUUGCAUCGAAUGACUCUUAUUACCAAGAAUUAAAAUUGACAUGUGAAGCUAUUAUUAAUUCAAUUCCCAACUUUCAUAAUGUUCAACAAUCCAACAAUGCUAUCAUAGAUUCAAUCUUUAGUUCAAUCACUGACUUUGAUAAUAUGCAACUAUCCACGGAUAUAACAUCAAAAUCCAAUCAAUUUGACCACAGCGAAAUUGAAGAGUUCGUUCGUUUGGGGAUGAGAGUUCAGUCAAGAUGGGAAGAGGAUUUGGGGAGUAUUACUCAAAUUGUUAGAGAAGUAUUAGAAGAUGAGAUCGUGAAAGAGUCAACGAACUUGAAAACAGUAGUUCGAGAAGGUGGAUUUGAUUUCGGGGGGUUUAAGAAAGAAGAAUAUGAAUCAGCUGAAAUCGGAACAUGA